AUGUCGUUCCCGGGUACGUUCAGCUCGCAGCUCACGGCCGUCAUGGAGGCUCUGCUGCAGGCGGUGGUGGCCCAGGUCACGGCGCUGGUGGAGGAUGGAGCCCUGGAGCUGAGGCUGGAGCUCCGGGACAGAGACCGAGAGAUCCUGGAGAGACAGCGGGACCUGGAGCUCAGGGACCGGGAGAUCCUGCAGCUGCGAGCCGCCGUGGAGGAGCUCCGAGCCCGGGGGGAGGAGGCGGUGAUGCCCGCGGAGGAGACUGCAGAGGAGGGUCAGAGCUGUGGUCAGGUGUGGACUAAAGAAGAUCCAGAGCCCGUGGUGAAGUGCGAACCGAUAGAAGAGACGACAGACCAGUCCGUAUGGCCUCCGUCUCCAUUACCGUCUUCUACCACUGCCCAUACUACUGCUACUGCUCAUGCUAAUGCUAAUGCUAAUGCUAAUGCUACUGCUACUGCUACGACAGAGUACAACGACGAGAGCAGCAGCGACUCAACCCACAGAAGUCACCUUUCGGAGCAUCUAGAACCAGCAGAUUUGACUUUAGACUCUCUUCUGAACAUAAAUCAUCAGUUUUACUACCAACACCACGCCGGCUUUUCUCUCCUGCCAAAUCUAUCGCACGUACAAGACGGAGCCUACAACUUCAGCGCCGCGAGAAGGUCGUUGAGCGCUAGCUACGGCGGGUUCCGGUGCGACCAGUGCGGGAAGACGUUCACGGUGAAAUGGCGGCUGAUCAGUCACCAGAGCGUCCACACCGGGGCCAAGCCGUUCAGCUGCAGCAAGUGCGGGACGCGGUUCUCCCGGCGCGACAGCUGCGUCCGGCACGAGAAGAAAGCCUGUUGUAAGGACAGUCUGCUGCGGAGUCUCCAGAACCAGAACCAGAACCAGAACCAGCACCAGAACCAGAGACUGAUCCGACAGUGCAGCGAGUGA